CCGACAUGUAAGAGCUGGAUAACUAUUCCCCGUGUGAUCGACACCCAUCCGCAGCUGAUUCCAAUAAAAUGAAAAAGGAUGAGCCCUUCAGGUCAGUAGUCCGGCACUGAUUGGAGACAUGUUCUAAGAACGACAUCUCAGCUACCAUGAAAGGAUUAGGAGCCAACCGCAGUCGUCACCUGUCUGACUCGUGUGAACAAGCAGGAUGCCCCCAGAAGCCUCUCUGUCCUUUGACCUCUGACCCUCACAGCUCCUUCCUGUUGAGCCCCAACAUAAAUCACUAUGGCACCCUGGACCCCCAUCUCCACCAGUGCUCUCCCACCAGCCCAACCACCCUGACUCCUGACUGCUUGCUGCCCUUCAGCCAGAUGUCCAACAGCAGCACCUUCCCUCGCCUGCACUUCACCUCCCAGACUGAUCAGGUUGACUGCUCGCAGGCCUGCAUGGCUGGUGGUGGUGGAGUUGGGCAAGGCAGCAGGGGGGGUACACUAACCAAUUCCUUGUCUAUGGGCAUGGGUUUGGGUCUAGGUCUUAGUGGUGCUCCUAUGAUCACCAGUGGAUCAGCGACCAUCUCCUCUGCAGCAGCGGCCAAAAUGAAUCGGUUACCCUCGAACCUUUUGGAUCAGCUAGAGAGGCAUCUGCCCCUGCAGCGUGAUGGCUUCAGUACGCUGCAGUUUCAUAGAGGACGAAUGUCAAAGCAACGCAGCGAGAGCCCAGGACGCAUACGCCACCUGAUGCACUCUGUGCAGAAACUAUUUGCCAAGUCCCAGUCCUUGGAAAACUCUGCAAUGAAAGGGAGUCUAAACGGACGCUCUGCUGGAGGAAGCACCACAGGAACUGGUGAGGAUGGUGGUAGACCAACCCGCAGGAGCAAGAGUAAAGAUAGGGCUAAAACUGAAGGGCCAAAGCAGAGACCUAGGCCCAAUGCACUGGGCCUCUGGAGCUCAGACGAUGCCCUAGACACUGACACCACCAAAGCUGGCACUAUUGCUGUAGGCUACCGCAACCCCCUGAGCAUGAUGACUCUUGGCAGAGCGGUGUCAGACAGCCAGGCUAGACAUAUCCCACAGGGCUACAACACAAUUUCUGCACAUACUCUCAAAACCUCGAAAAGCAGCAGUGACCUCAAGUUUCUGGCAUGCCCAGCGACACAGGUAGGAACCAAGGAAGAAGAGGGAAAAACCAGGGGAAGCAAGGAUGAUACACUGGUGAAGAGGGGCUCCUGGUCCACUCUCACCCUCAGUCAGGCCAGGCAAGUGUUACAGAAGGGCUCUGCUACAGUCAACAGGACCCUUCUUAAAUCUAAGUCAUGCCACCAAGACCUGGCACAACACUUUCUUCAGGUAGGAGGGCCAGUCCCACUGGGGGACUGGGCAGGAACUAUGGGUCGUGCUCGGGCCGGUGGAACUGAAAUCCCCUGUCGAAGGAUGCGCAGUGGCAGCUAUGUGAAAGCUAUGGGAGACUUAGAAGACAGUGAGGACUCAGAGGGGAGCCCCAAACCUUCCCCCAAAUCUGCUGCCCGUCGUCACAGUUACCUGAAGGCCACACAGCACUCUCUGAGUGAGCAGCAGCCACCUCCACCUCCACGCAACUCCCUGCCGUCACUGAAAGAGCUGUCGACCAAUCGGAGCCUCGAUAACUUAGACUGCCUGGUGAGCCCAUUGGAGGCCCCUCCACGCCACAGGAACAAUGAUUUCAGCCAGUGCUUGGGCACACUGGGCAGAGGCUCGGGCACUCAGCGUGUGAGUCUGCACACGUUCUUUCAGGUAUGCGGGCAGGGCUUUGGGCAUUCAGUACCGUACUGUGAGGGGGAAUCGCAGGCAGUGGAGGCUCUGGAUCUGCCUGCACCUACGUGCUUCCGGUCGCGCAGCCACAGCUACCUGCGGGCCAUCCAGGCAGGCUGCUCCCAGGAUGAAGAUACGGCCUCUGUGGACUCAGACUCACCACCACCCACCACUACAGGCUACAGCUACAACUCCAGCACCAUCAGCAAUAGGAAGGCUCCUCCUCCAGUCCCGCCCCGCACCACAUCCAAGCCACUCAUCUCAGUGACGUUGCAGAGCAGCACCGAGUCAGCCCAGGACACAUACUUUGACCAGCAGGACCGUGGCAGCGAGGCCAAUAGCCAGUCAGGACGCAGCAACUCCUCAGACAGCCUCUGUAGCAUCCGCACGGGCAGUCUGGCUAAGGGGACCCAACCUCCACCAGCCCCUGUCCCCGCUGCACCCCCUGCACCGUCUGCAGGCUCUGUACCGCCUGUUCCAGCCCCUCGUGACCUCCCACCUCCCUCUACCACCACCACUGUCGCCACUACUACCACUUCUACGUCUACCCAGUCCCAAAAUGACACCCUGAGCUUUUCUUUCACCUUAGAGCAGCCUCCGACUGCACCCAAGAGGAAACUCUCCUCUAUUGGAAUUCAGGUGGAUUGUGUUCUGCCCGUCUUGAGAGAAGAACCAGUACCCCUGACUACACCCCUCAAGUUUCAGUCAAUUGGAGUUCAAGUGGAGAACGGCAGGCCUCUCAGCCGGGACAGCAGCAUGGCCUCAAGACAAAAUACGGAGUGUGAGCCUCAGGAGCCCCAGGAUACCACGCCCACAGAAAACAACACAUCCAACUGCACCAGCAGUCAAACGGCAAAUACCACUGCACCUGACAGACAGGACAAAGCCAUGGAACAGCAGCACCUUAAACACACCUCGGCCUCAUCCAGGAUAUCGACCUCACCCCCAGAGAGUCUGGAUCCUGCUUUAGACCCCUCCUCGCUGCCGCCGCCAGAUCCCAGCCUGGAGACUGGAAACUGCAGCUCCCACGGAGACGCUGUUCAGCCCGGCACGCCAGCUUGCCUCCGAGACGGCAACUGGUUCCUGAAGCUGCUGCAGGCGGAAACGGGCCGCAUGGAGGGCUGGUGUCAACAGAUGGAGCAGGAGACCAAAGACAACAAGCUGUCAGAGGAGGUGUUGGGGACGAUCCGCAGUGCAGUAGGCAGCGCUCAGCUCCUCAUGUCGCAGAAGUUCGAGCAGUUCAGAGGUCUCUGUAAUGAGAACUUGAACAUGAACGCCAACCCACGACCAACAGCACAGGACCUCGCAGGGUUCUGGGAUCUGCUACAACUCUCAAUAGAAGACAUCAGCAUGAAGUUCGAUGAGCUCUACCAACUGAAAGCCAACAACUGGCAGCUCCCUGAGAAACCAGAGAAGGAGGAAAGCAAGCAGCUGCCAUCAUCCGUGCCAAAGAAGCAGUCUAAGCCCAAGCUGUCAGCGGGGAAGGACAGGAGCGUGGACUCGGCUGUGGACAAGCAGCGGCAAGAAGCCAGGAAGAGGUUGAUGGCAGCGAAGCGCGCCGCAUCAGUACGACAGAACUCCGCCACGGAAAGCGCCGACAGCAUCGAAAUCUACGUCCCUGAGGCCCAGACCCGCCUCUGAGAGCGAACCAGCACCGAUCAUCGAGAGGGGGGGGGGUCACUCACUCCAGACAUUCAUUGACACAAAACACACAGACAGAUCUGACAUGAACACACAGAUGUACAACGGAUGCACCGAGGCCGAUCCCUCAUAGCAGCACAACUGAUGACAGGAGACACGUGGGGUUCACAGGGCACAUAAACAAUCCAGAAUAAUCCAGUUCAUCACCCUGCUGCUGGGACUGAAAUAACCUUGACGGAUGUUUAGUACUAUUGUUAUUAUUGACAUUAUAAUAAUUAUUAUCUCCUAAAGUAUAUCAGGACUCUCUUAAAUGUGCAAGUAUCUUGGAUAAGGACAUCCUGUACCUUGUGAGCUGAAGAAUCUUGGUAUCCCAGAAGUUUACUCUCUUAAAACUCCCUUCACUGCUGAGUCUACCGGCAAGUUGUGGCUGCCUGGUUUACGAGCUGAGCUACCAUCCACACACACUCAGGACACACAUGCAGGUGUACUCGCUGUCCACAGAGUCUUCCUGUUCUCUAUUUGUAUUAGGCUGCCACUCAUUGGGCGUGGUGUGUACGCUUUACUGUGUAAGAAUUAUAAGAUGACGUUCAUGUACUCAGAGGUUUAAAAUGCAGAGAACCAGAGGAAGGCAGUAGCAUAUAUAUUAGAAAUAUCACACUAUUACAAUGUUCAUUUUGUAAAUGUUGUAUACCAGAUUAUUUGUUAGAAGGAGGUCAGUGUUCAGUACCAAGGUAGUUUUUUAUAGAUCAAGUACAUGUACUGUCAUGAUAUAUUAGCACUUGAUGCAAUCAUUCACUCCACCUCUCUCCCGUUCUCCUCGUCUCCUUUUCACAAACGCACACUACAGUCUGUCUGUGAAUACCCAUCUUUAAAUUCUUAACAUUCGUUUUGUUUUUUUGUGAAGGGAUGUGAGGAAACGACUGCCCAGCUAGUGAGUUACAGAGGAAUGUAUGAAAUGUGUGCAUUUACAGCUCAUGUCGACUUGAUCGCUGCACUUUCCAUUCACCUCGGAUCAAGUCCGCCCUCUUAUGUUUUCUGCCUGAUCAUUCUGACUUUCACCGCAUCCUCCCGUGAUGUAGGGGACCAAGACAUUCACCACUGAUAAUGGCAUUCCCAUUCAACCAGUCUACGUGUGAUAGGGUGGGGGUAUACUUGCUACUGGAAAGUACAUGGAAUAGCAUAGCAAUAAUAAAAUCGUAUUAGCAAGCAGUGCAGUAGGUACCCAGUCUUAAAUUAUUUAAUUCAGCAUUUCCAAUAAGAAUUUCUUAGCAUGAAGGAUGAAUGUUUUUUUCUUUUUAUGAACUGACUGCCCUUGAAAUGACUAAAAUCUCAGGUCGAACACUCAAACUCAACAGUAAAAACCACUAAUGGAUGGAUUAUUUAUGUAACCAUAAAGUGAAUUGGGCGAAUGCUUAGAGCUGAUGCCAGAGAAUUCAUUUCCAGACCUGCUCAGUGUUCUUAAGUAAGAACGAGUUUUGGUAAAGUUUGCUGCCGUGAAGUACAGGUGUUUAAUUUCACUGCUGAGAUCAGCGGUCGACUUCACUCCUCUUUCUAGCAGCUUGAACUCCCACCCGUUUGUUGAGAAUAAAAACCUGUGGUACAUCUUUUUUUUAUUUUUUUAUUUUAAUUUAAAAUUUUUAAUGUCAUUUGACAUGUUUUGUGACUUGCAUCUGAAAUGAGGUCAACCUAAAACAUGUCUUGACUUCUGUAAUUAUAAUAAUUAAUGGUGCUGCGAUGGACUUCAUAUUGUGCCAACACGGCAACGAUCAUCAACAUUUCAGUGUCAUUUGAUGAAGCUUUUAUUUAAAUUGUUUUUUUAUUUUUUAUUUUAUUUAAUCUGCUCAUGAAUUCAGCUGUCUGUGUGUGCAUUCUCAGCAAAGGUUUGUUCGUGUUUGCAUCAGCUCACUCCGGAUACGCUCUGCCAUGUCUCUGUCUUAAACUCAUGACACUUUGAUUAUGGGACUGGAAUAUUUUACACGUCUCAGUUUUCUCUAAUGGAAACACAAGUGCCAAGGGUACAUGAGUGGAGCCGGGCAUAGCAGAUACUCAUGCACAAGUGUAGGUCGACUUAACUUUUUUUUUUUUUUUUUUGUUUAUUAGUAAGAGCUGGCUCUCCCCCUACUGGUCAGUCCUUGCGUGACACUCCAGACACCUUUGUUCUGCUCCAUUUUGAAUCUUUUAAGUUAACAUCAAACAAGAAAUGAAGUUGAACUGGGAAUGCUGACACAACACCAAGUUGUUGAUUUUCUUAUUUUCUUAUUUGUAUUACAUCAACAAUGGACAUGUGCAUUUCAUUGUCCAAAAAAAUCAUUAAACAUCCCUUUGCUACA